AUGCCCCACUCUCCCCACUUUGUCUUCGGGUAUCCCCAGACCGGUGCAGGUGAUUCGCCGCCGUCCCUCCUGGCUCCCUUGCCUCUCGCCCUCUUCUUCCAUCCACCUCACUACAUCACCCAGCAAGAAAUGGCGUCUUCUCUGACCAAAGCGCUCGACCCCAAGCGGACCCUUCUGCUCAUUUGCGAUGUACAGACCAAGUUCCGGGAAGCGACUUAUGGUUUCUCCGACAUGUGCUCUGCUAUCAGGAAGAUGACCAAGGCUGCUACAAUACUAGAGAUGCCAGUGAUGGCGACUGAGCAGAACCCUAAAGCUCUCGGAGAGACUGUCCCAGACGUAGGCCUGGCGGAAGUACCUUCAGAGCUCCUGCUCGGAGCACACCCAAAGACAAAAUUCUCAAUGUGUAUCUCGCCGGUACAGGAGGCUAUCAAAGAUAAGAACAUUGAUGCGGCAAUCAUCGUCGGUAUCGAGUCCCACAUCUGCGUCCUUCAAACAACGCUCGACCUCCUCGCGUCCGACCUGCGCGUCUUCGUACUAGCCGACGCGGUGUCUUCAGUGCAUAAGCAGGAGAUACCGGUCGCGCUGGAGGUGAUGCGACAAGCAGGGGCGGUGGUGACGACGUCCGAGAGCAUCGUGUUCAGGCUUAUGCGGGACGCGUCGGACCCCAAGUUCAAACCAUUCGUCAAGCUUAUCAAGGAAGAGAAGGACGCUGGGAAUACGAAGCGCGCGUUGGAGACGUUCCUCGGCGGAGCGGCAGAGCAGGGGAAGCUAUGA